AUGCGUGAGUGCAUCCCCUUCUCUUCUUCUUCUUCUUCUUCUCGAUUUGAUGUGUGCGUGCGUGCUGUUGUGUGCAGGCCCGACUCAUCUCUGCUUGUGCACAACAAGGAAGUUUUCACCCUCGGAAAGCUAAUGAACGCGAAUGAAGAUUAUGAAGAACUUUCUUCAAUAGCAAGGCAGGGGUCUGGAAGCGCAUGCCGCAGUAUAUACAGUGGGCUUGUGAAAUGGUGUAUGGGAAAAAAUGAUGAUGGAAGUGACAGUAUGGCAGUACAGCUUGUUGACGAAUCGCAUUGGUCUGAUCUUGUUAUAAUCAUAGCAGUGGUCAGUUCAAAGCAGAAGGAAACCAGUGGCACCAGUGGGAUGCGGGACACUGUUGAAACAAGCCCCCUCUUGCAGUACAGGGCCCAGACUGUAGUGCCAGGUCGCAUAUUGAAAAUGGAAGAGGCCAUCAAGAAUCGUGAUUUUGAAUCCUUUGCCAGGUUAACUGGUGCAGAUAGCAACCAGUUUCAUGCUGUAUGUUUGGACACGAGUCCUCCCAUCUUCUACAUGAAUGAUAAGUCACACUGUACUGAAAUCCCAGAGUUGAGAAUCGCUCUUUCAACCAACUGCAGGAUAAUUAACCUUGUCGAGAAGUGGAACCACUCGGAAGGAACCCCACAGGGUUCUAAAAUAAGGUUGGUUAAGCUUUGUUAUGAUAUGCCAGUACAAUAAGUUUUCACUGCACUGGAUAUAACAUAUUUAACUAGCAUCACACAAUGAAGUAAUUUAACUUAAUUUAAAAGAGCAACAAAAUUAUUGCCAUCUUUCUGAAAAAGGUCCAGAAAAUACGAGUUUAAGCUUCCAAUCCUUUGGUUUUUAGGGAACAUAUAGUUCAGUUUGAAGAGUUCAUGAUGAAAACAUAUUCCCGCAGCCACUGCCUCCUCGAUCUACGCUAGCCUGCAGCAGCAAGGUCAGCCCCCACACUGUGCAUUUUUUCUUCAGGUCUUGGCACAGGAAACUGAAAAGGAGAUGCUCCUAAAGUCACCACAU